UUGUCAAUUACCGUAUAGGCGUUCUUCGUGUUGGGCGUAGAAGUUGGUAGAAGUGAGUGAAAAAAUUAUCCUUUAGUUUGUGUGUUGUAUUUUAAUAACUUUUAAAAUGGCACAACACUGGAAAAUUUUAUUAUUAGUAGCAUGUGUAACAAUUGUUAUGACGGCAGCCUAUGAAAAGUCUGAUAUAGCUUCGGCUCGGAUUGAGAGUUGUAGGGGAUGUUCCCUUAACCGUUUGCCCGAAGUGAAAAGUUUUAUAAUGGAAGAUGCACCCAAAUAUGAACGCUUAGAGGUUAAAUUUAUUUCCGGGGCGGACCCCGAGUUGAUUCUCUUGGACAGCAACGAUCGCGAGUUGGAGCGCCUCCUUCUCUCACGUCUGUCUCGUUCCGAAUGCAACGACCUCGUACAAAGCAAGGGUUUCUCCAAGAAAAUAACAAAUUCUGAAUUUUAAAAUUUAAGUGAAAGUAAAUAAAUAUAGCAUUUAAACAUUUGCCACUAUCUUACAUUCCAUCAUAGUACAGAAUAAAUAAAUUUUUC